AUUGCCCAAAAGGGAAGUGAUUGCACCAAAUCUAAGGCAGCCAAUCACUGACUGAGAUGAGGAGGCAGUGGCCCAUUUGGCAUGUGGCCUAGACGUCCAGACUUCCAUUCCCAAAGGGAGGAACAGUAUAUAUAGUUGGCCAUGAAAGUUGAGUCUUUUCUUGUGCUUUCUUGCUUCUAAUCACUAUAUGUAGUUUUAUCCCUUUUGUAUCUAUCUCUAUAUAAAUCUGUACUGGCCCCUUUGUCCCUCUCCUUGUAACUACCCAUAUUUUCUUUUAGUUGUCUCUGUCCUUGAUAUAUUUGUUGCAUUUCUUCUCUCUUUCUAUUACAAUUCUAUUUUAUUCAGGCUUUUCCUUCCUUUUCUUUCUGACUCUAUUUUUUUCUGUGUCUUUGACAACAAUGUGGAUCGAGUUUGCUCCAAUCAAUAUUCCACUCUCUAGAAGGUUGCAAACAGCUGCAGUGUUACAAUGGACAUUUUCAUUUAUUGCAAUGGCACAUUGCUGUCUCAUAUUUUAUGCCCUCCUCCUAACCUCAAAAUAUUGGUUCAUCGCUCUCCUUUAUGGGAUCUGGCUUUUUAUGGACUGGGAGACUCCAUCUCGUGGGGGUCGAAGGUCAGAGUGGGUGAGGAGUUGGACAGUGUGGAGAUAUUUUGCUGACUACUUCCCAAUAAAGUUGGUGCGUACCACCCCACUAGACCCACGGCACAAUUACAUUAUGGGAUUUCAUCCUCAUGGGGUCCUUGUGGUCGGAGCCUUCUGUAAUUUUUGCACAGAGGGGACAGGAUUCUCUAGCAUGUUCCCAGGUCUGACGCCUCAUCUUCUCAUGCUGCCAGGCUGGUUCAAGAUCCCGUUCUUCAGAGACUACAUCAUGAGUGGAAGCUUAGUUUCUUCAGACAAAAGCAGUGCCUCUCAUCUGCUUUCAAAAAGGGGAAGAGGGCAAGCUCUGGUGAUAGCAGUGGGAGGCCCUCCUGAGGCACUAGAUGCAAAACCUGGAGAACUGACCCUGCAACUGCUCAAAAGGACUGGAUUCAUUAAACUGGCACUGACUCAUGGGGCUCAUUUAGUUCCUGUUCUUUCUUUUGGAGAGAAUGAUCUUUAUUGUCAAGUCAGUAAUCCAAAGGGGUCCUUACUCAGAACAAUGCAGGAGAAGAUGCAGAAAAUGGUUGGACUUGCAAUUCCUCUGUUCCAUGGUCGGGGGGUAUUUCAGUACAGCUUGGGGCUGCUCCCACACCGAAGACCUGUGUAUACAGUAGUUGGUUCUCCUAUUCCGGUGGUGAAGACUCUGGCACCAACUCCUGAUGAGAUCUCAUCGCUUCACAAACUCUACAUUGAGAAACUACAAGAUCUUUUUGAAACCCACAAAACCUGCUAUGGGAUCCCAAAAGAUCGUCCUCUUGUGCUGUGCUGAAGCUGCCUACAAGAUACUUCCAUUAGAUGGACAUAGAAAUAAAAAAAAUGUCCAUUUUUUUUAGCACUCUGUGCAAUGUCUUUGACUUCUGCUUAAGGUUUAAACAGAUAGGAAAAGUCACUCAGUUGAUGUGCCCCCAGUGCUGUAUACAGUAUGUGCAUAUCUUAGAGCAGUAGUAGCAGAGACCAAGUCGCUGUCAGGCUGAACUUACUACCAAAGAAUGUCACCAAUGAAAAGGGUGAACAUAAAGUUCCACUAUAGGAUUACUACUAAAAGAUAUAUAUGCCAAACGCCUGCCCAUUAUGUGACUGUCACAAAAAAGUACAUCUUGUAAAUACUGUUCCUGGAGUCAGCCUUAUCUUUUUCUUAAACUGUCAGCAUAAUCCUUUUCACACAGUGGAUACACGUUUGCCUUAGAGCAGAGGAGGAUUAUAAACAUUCUGCAUUGUGGGAAAGCAUAUUCUAGUAGCCUAUUAUACAGCUGCCUUUUUGGUAUUAUAUAAGGAAACUGAGAACAUCUGGGAAAUGUGGUGCCUCCCUAUAUUCCAAAGGACACCAGUCGCUGCUGGUAGAAAAUUGCUGCCAAAUUGUACAGAUCUGUCUGUGUUUUUUUUCUUAUUUGAGGUAUAAUAACAGCAGUCACUGUCACUGGGGGGAUAGACAUUUUUAAACUGCACUGUGUAAGGCUUUGUGCAUUAUAUGGUUCUGUGCUGGGAUUCAUAAUGGCAACCUAAUUUGUCAUUACAUGUGGGUGGGUAUUGCAGCUGCACACUGAUGUACCAACAAUGCAUAGCUUUACUUCCACAUGAACCAUGAACUGCUUUUUAUGUAUCUGACAAAGAGUACAAAAAUGUGCCCAAGUACUGAAGAGAGUGGAACACUCUGUUGUUAAAGGGACAUGAAACCCCCCCAAAAAUAUUCUAUAAUUUAAAUAGAGCAUACAAUUUUAAACAGCUUUCUAGUUUACUUCUAUUAUAAAUGUGUUUAAUUCUCUUGUUAUCAUUUGUUGAAGGAGCUGCAAUUCAUUACUGGUUUAUAACUAAACACAUGGAGUGAGCCAAUGACAAUCGGUUUAUAUAUGCAGCCACCCAUCAGCAACUAGAACCCAGGUUCUUUGUUGCUCCUGAGCUUAUCUAGAUAAAACAUUCAGCAAAGGAUAACAAGAGAAGGAAGCAAAUUAAAUAUUAGAAGUAAAUUGGAAAGGUAUUUAAAGCUGUAUUCACCUCCUUCCUUGUGUUUAUCUCACCCUUAUUUGUUAGUAAAUUGUUAUAGAUUGUAUGUUUUUUUUUCUCACGAAAAAGGGUGGCUAUUGUUUUUGCACUGAGGUGAAUGGUAGCCCUUGCUUUUAUAUACUUUCUUUUAAAGGCACAAAUGUGCAAAUGGUUUUAGGUAAUUCAUAUUUGGGAGAUGUGAAGAAUGGUAAGGGAUUCGCUUCAUCUCAGCACGUACUUAGUAAAUUAUUCUAUUCCUGAAGAAUUAGCUAUUGUAAUGCUUUUUUGUUCAGUUUUAAAUAAAGAUUUUGUAGCCUCCUUUCUCAA